AUGGCUGCCGAUAGAAUUGAUCCGAGGAUAGAAAGGAAAUCAGAACCAGCAAGAAUCCCAGAGCCUUCCGGUGCUCCCAUACCAGAAGUUCGACCACAAAAUGCAAAUACCCUGCCAGGCGGUGGGUUACACACUGCCGGAGGCAAAAUAGAACAGCCUAGUAUUAGUGAUGCACUCAAGAGCGUCAAAAUUUCCGACUUCAAGGAAAUCCACAAGAAGCCAUGUGUUCGUGAAGCACUCAUGAUAGGAAUUGGAGGCGGCUUCGGGGUAGGCGGGCUUCGAGCGAUAUUUGGCGGUGAGCAAGGAGAUAUUUCCGUAAUAUGUCUUAGGCUGAUUGAUCUAGCAUCGGUUAUGACUUCGUGCAAUUGGGCUGUUGGUACUUUUUGCUUCGGCUCAUUCCUGAUGCACGAAUACUGCCAGCGAAAGCGGGCGCUGGAAAAAGGGGGUAUGAAAAGAGCGGUCGAAGUCAUGGAAAAGAAACAGACGGAAAAGCGAGUGCAGUCUGCGGCAGCUCGAGCGGCAGACGUUAAGUCUAAGAGAGAAAUUUGA